CACAUGCUGUCAGAGCGAUCAUACCUUCAAGUAAUGCCCUUAGUAACUCCGUUUGCUCCGGAGUAAGGCUAUAGCUGCAUAACCUUAACAACUGACGAUGUACACCCAGAAAUACCGUACCCGGGGGAGUGGAAGUGUGGCAUCAGCCGUAGCCCAAGGAUAUGCCCACAGUCAAAAUGGUGCCUGCAGUUCGAUCAGUUUUCACCUUAACGGUACCUUAUACACAGUGAAGAAUGGCCAGUACGAGUUCACGACCUCCCUCAACGACUACAUCCGGGAUGUGGCAGGGUACAAGGGCACGAAGAUCAUGUGCCGAGAGGCGGGCUGUGGUGCCUGUGUGGUCACUGUCACUGUCUACGACCCCUCCGUCCAAACAGACCGCACCUUCAGCAUAAACUCAUGUUUGUGUCCAUUGUACUCAGUGGACGGCUGGCAAAUCGUGACCGUGGAAGGAAUUGGUAACCAGAGAGAAGGUUUUCACCCAAUCCAGGAAAGAGUGGCCGCCUUCAAUGGAAGUCAGUGUGGUUACUGUACACCGGGCAUGGUUAUGAGUAUGUACGGAUUCCUCCAUGACAAGCCAACCCCGACACAAGAGGAAGUAGAGGCUGCGUUUGAUGGCAACAUUUGCCGCUGUACCGGAUACAGGCCUAUCCUGGACGCCAUGAAAUCCUUCGCCACAGACAAUGACAGUGACAAGGCCAAGACGAUUGACAUUGAGGAUUUGAACAAGUUCGUUUGCUCGAGAACUGGAAAGGCCUGUUCAAAAGGUGCCUCUGUCAGCAAUGGAGCCGGUCAUGCUAAUGGUUCCGCUCAUGCUAACGGAUCCGCACCAGCGAACGGAUCAGGUGCCAGACCGGACAACGUCCCAUUGGCCAUUACCAAUGGCAAUGUGAGGUGGUUUCGCCCAGAAAGUCUGGAUGCUCUGUCAGUUCUGCUAAAGAAACAUCAAAGGGACCGCCUAAGGAUGGUCUUCGGAAACACCAUUGCAGGUAUCUACAAAAGUGAAGGACCAUUCAGCAUCUACAUAGAUUUGCACGGAAUUGACGAAUUGUACAAACGAGAAGUGAAAGACUGCGUUAUUCUUGGAGCCAAUCAUAGCUUGUCUUCACUGCACAAGGCCCUUGGAGAAAUAGCCAAGGAGAAUGACGGAUACAAAUACUUCACGGCCCUUCAACAACACAUCAUGAAGAUCGGCAAUUUGCCCAUGAGAAAUGCCGGAAGCUGGGCGGGCAACAUGAUGAUCAAACAAGCUCAUAAUGACUUCCCGUCUGAUCUGUUCGUCAUGAUGGAGUCGGCUGGAGCUCAUGUGGAGAUUCUUGACGCCCUGACGGACUCCCGGCGCGCCUACCCGAUGGUGGACGUGAUGAGGAUGAACAUGACCGGGAAGGUGGUGCUGGCCAUUAAGCUCUUCAAACAGGACGACAAGGACCACUUCCGCUCUUUUAAAAUCAUGCCGCGUUCUCAGAAUGCCCAUGCUUACAUCAAUGCUGGGUUUCGGUUCAAGCUGGACCAGCCGAGCAGGCAGGUUCUAGGGAAACCCUCCAUCGUGAUUGGAGGUGUCAAUGCAAACUUUAACCAUGCCUUGAAAACGGAAGAUUUCCUCACUGGAAAGAAACUGCAAGACCCUGCUGUGGUUAAACAGGCUCUUGCGCUUUUGCGAUCUGAGCUGAAACCAGCGCCCGACCCUCUUCUGGCCACUCCCGAAUACAGACGGGAUCUCGCCGUGAACCUCUUCUAUAAGUUCAUCCUGGGUGUGAACAAAGACAACGUAAGCGGCCAACUCUCUAGUGGAGCCGAUCAGCUUCUUCGCCCUGUAUCUUCCGGUGAGCAGGACUUCGAAACAAAGGAAGAAGAGUUUCCAAUGAAAAAACCCAUUCCGAAAGUCCUGGCCCCGAUACAGGCUUCUGGAGAGGCUCAGUACGUGAACGACAUUCAUGAACAACUCGGAGAGCUACACGGGGCCUUUGUCCUCAGUUCCAUGGGCAACGCCGGCAUAGACUCCUUCGAUCCAUCUCCAGCUUUAGCUAUGCCAGGCGUGACCCGCUUCCUCACAGCUAAAGACAUUCCGGGAGAAAAUAACUGUCUGGGCUUUUUCGGCAAGGAAGAGUUAUUGGCAAGUGAACAGGUAUCUUUUGCUGGACAGCCUGUUGGUCUCAUUUUGGCAGACACCCACCUGCACGCUGUAGCUGCUGCCAAACAGGUGAAGAUCAAGUAUAAAGAUGUCCGCCCACCUACUGUGAACAUCAAGGACGCCAUCGCUAAGGAUUCGUUUGGAAUGUGCGCAAUCCCUGACCUGGUAUCUGGAGACCCAGAAGGCGCAAUGGCUUCUGCCCCGCAUACUGUUGAGGGUUCGGUUGAAAUGGGACAUCAGUAUCAUUUCUACAUGGAAAACCAGGUGACAUUGUGCAGUCCAAAUGAGAACUCGUUUGAUGUCUACGCCAGCACGCAAUCUCCUGAUCUAACCCAGUAUGUCUGUGCUGCUGUGAUUGGCAAACCUGUCAACAGUAUCGACCUCAGUGUACCUCGUGUCGGUGGCGGAUUUGGAGGCAAGGUUAUCAGGUCCCUCCCCAUCUCCUGUGCGGCGGUGGUGGGGUCGGCUGUUACUGGAAGACCAGUGCGGGUUAACGUCAAUCUUCAAGACAACAUGGAAUUUGGCGGCAAACGUUUCCCGGUUCUGGCCAAUUACAAGGUUGGCUUUGAUGAUACGGGGAAGCUGAUCGCCAUCGACAUCACCAUCACUCAAGACGCUGGAUACCAUGUUCAGGAGGCGAACUUCGUGGGGUCUGAAUUCCCCUCUCAUAUCGAUGAAGGGUAUUUCUGUCCUAAUUGGAAGGUACACCUCCGGUUUGCGGUGACCAAUACCCAGUCCAACACCGCGUGCAGAGCUCCUGCUCCUCUCCCUGCGAGUAUGAUCAUUGAGACGAUCUUAGAUCACGUGGCUAGAUCGCUGAACAAGGACCCGACUGAGGUGCGAGAGCUGAAUCUCUACCAGGAAGGACAAAAUGAUCCACAAGGCCAUGUUUUAGAAUACUGCAGUCUCCGUCGCAUCUGGAAGGAACUGAAACUCUCCGCAGAUGUGGAGAAUAGAAUGAGAGAGAUUGAGCAGUUCAACCAGGCUAACCAAUGGAAGAAGAAAGGAUUGGCAAUGACGCCUGUGAAGUACGCCAUGCAGUGGAAGACGUGUGACUUCACGGCCUUUACAGCCAUCUACAAGGAUGGAACUGUGGCAGUGUCUGUGGGCGGAGUGGAAAUGGGCCAGGGACUCUACACAAAGGUUAUCCAAGCUGUUGCUGCGACCUUGACAUUCCGAUCGAGUGCCAACAACCAGGGCACCGGAGGAAGCGUAGGCAGUGAACUCAAUGUCAUUGCUGCCAUCGAGUGCUGUAAGAUUCUUAAGGAAAGGAUUGCUCCCUUCCGGACAAAAGAUGACCCCUGGCAGAAGGUCAUCAUGACCUGUGCUUUCUCGGAGGUGGAUCUUACGGCCAAGUAUUUCCACAAAGCCCAGGCUGCUGAAAAGCACGCCAACUACUUCACGUAUGGCGUUGGAGUGACUGAGUGUGAACUGGACGUUCUGACGGGAGAACAGGAGAUCCGCCGACUGGACGCCACAUUGGACUUCGGGGAAAGCCUGAACCCGACCAUUGACAUUGGCCAGACGGAGGGCUGUCUAGUGAUGGGGCAUGGAUACUGGUUCUCUGAACAUAUCAUGGUCGACGAGAAGACUGGGAAAAUUCUGAACACCGGAACUUGGGAAUACAAACCACCGACCACAAAAGACAUCCCCAUAGACAUGAGGAUCAAGCUGUUGAGGGAUGCACCCAACCCCUCCGGAAUCCUCCGAUCCAAAGCAUCCGGUGAACCUCCAAUGAUCCUUACCACUGGGGCGGUGUUUGCUUUGAAGAGGGCCAUUGAGGCGGCCAGAAAAGAUCUGAGUGGAGACACGAGUUUCUUCCCCAUUGGAGAAUUACCGUUGACAGUGGAAAGAAGACAGCAGCUGUGUAAAAUACCAGCCGACAAACUCAGCAUCUAAAAUCACCAAACACCAUGGGAAGAAUUUGUUUCCAUAGAUUUUCUAAUCACAGAAAUGCAGGGUUUCUUUCAGUUUUACAGAGGCGUAAUGUUUUUCUAGUUUUAGUACUCAAAGCAUUUUAGUCUAUAUCUAUUUUCUCUGUUUAUAUAACCACAUACACGUAUUACCACAAAAUCGAUAAGUAAAAGCAAAAUGCUAACUCAUGACAUUAAAGUAACGAAUAAUCAGAUAAGCUGUGUUUAAACAGGCAGUUAUGUAUGAAUUUUACCAAAACAACUCAAUGUCUACUUGAUGAAACUCCACUAAAAUGUUAGGACGCAGAGACAUUACGGAGAUCAUAACGGGUCAUUUAAAAAGGCUAUUUAAAUGCUAAAUAUGUUUUAUGUUUUGAACUUUUUU